UCACCUGCAGCAGGCAGGAGUAGUUCAGUGCGAAUGGGCGGUGUUUUAUAGUGGACAAGGAAGACCUAACGCCACUAUUCAAGCCGUAUUUUCCGCAAGUCGGUGCGGUGCCAGCCUGAGCACCAUGGCGUUACUGGUGUUUUACUGUAAAUUAGUCUGGUGGCGUCUGUUGGAGGAGUAGUGGGGCUCGCCCUGUUGUGCUGGUUGCUGGCCUGCCGUCCUGAGCGCUGUCUGCAGCUGAAGUGCUGAUGCCUUGGCCGAGAUGAGUGUGAAGGCUUUUGAGCUUGUCCCCGCUGUGGAGCGAGAUCUCCUCAUGGGCGACAAGGCUCGCAUCAACAUCGAGUGCAUUGAAUGCUGUGGAAAGCAUUUGUACCUUGGUACCAAUGACUGCUUUAUCCAUCACUUUCUGCUCGACGAGGUCACUUCCCCUAAGGGGAAACUGAGUUACUCAGCUCAGAAGCUGCUGCACAAAUAUCUGGGCCUUAAGAAACCAGUUGCUGAGUUGCGUGCGGCAUCUGCAUUGGAGCGUCUGAUCGUGCUCUGUGAUGCUGUGGUGUUCCUCGUCGACAUGGUGACACUGGAGACGGUGCCCUCGGCAGCAGGAGGGGGAGCUAAAAUCAGAGGUGUGACAGCGUUCUGCAUUAAUGAGAAUCCAGUGAACGGUGAUCCUUUCUGUGUGGAAAUGUGUGUGCUCUCUUCAAAACGGCGGACUGUGCAAAUUUACAUGGUGUAUGAGGAUAGAGUGCAGCUGGUCAAAGAGGUGAACACUCCUGAGCAGCCCUGUGCCGUCAGUCUGGAUGGUUACUUCUUGUGCCUGGCACUGGCGACACAGUACAUUAUUCUGAACUACAACACUGGGGCCUCCCAAGAUCUUUUCCCUUACAGCAGCGAGGAGAGGAAACCCAUAGUGAAGAGGAUUGGCAGGGAGGAGUUCCUUUUAGCAGCACCUGGUGGUCUGGGAAUGUUUGCCAAUGCUGAAGGUGUUUCUCAGCGGGCUCCUGUGAACUGGUCAGAGAGCGUGAUCGGUGCUGCUGUGUGUUUUCCUUACGUAGUCGCUUUGGAUGAGAGUUUCAUCACCAUCCACAGCAUGUUGGACCAGCAGCUAAAACAGACCCUUUCAUUCAGAGACGGGCAUAUUCUGCAGGACUUUGAAGGAAAGGUCCUCCUGGCAUCCACUAAGGCAGUGUAUGUCCUGGUUCCCCUGCCUCUGGAGAGACAGAUCCAGGACUUGCUGGCCAGUCACAGAGUAGAGGAGGCGCUGAUCCUCACAGAGGGAGCACAGAGAAAUAUUCCCAAAGAAAAAUUUCAGGUUUUGCACAAAAGAAUUCUUCAGCAGGCGGGUUUUAUACAGUUUGGCCAACUUCAGUUCCUCGAGGCAAAAGAGCACUUCAGGAAGGGUCAGCUGGAUGUUCGGGAGCUGAUAUCUCUCUACCCACUGUUGCUGCCAGCUUCCUCCUCAUUUACUCGCUGCCACCCUCCUCUUCACGAGUUUGCAGAUCUGAACCACCUUGCACAGGGAGAUCAGGAGAAAGUGUUGCGAUGCAAGAAAUUCCUUAUCAGUUAUUUGGGAGAGGUACGAAGCACAGAGGUGGUUAAUGGCUGUAGAGAAGACGUGGACACUGCACUGUUAAAGCUCUACGCUGAGCAGGAUCACGAGAGCCUUCUGGACCUGCUCGCUUCAGACAACUCCUGCCUGCUAGCAGACAGUGUACCAUGGCUGGAGAAAUAUCACAAAUAUUUUGCACUUGGGCUGCUCUAUCAUUAUAAUGGCCAGGAUUCAACAGCACUACAGAUGUGGAUUCGGGUAGUAGAUGGUGAACUGCAGGACCUCACAAGAUCUGACCUUUACGAGUAUGUUGUGGACUUUCUCUGCUCCAGCCCCAACCUGGACCUUAUAUGGAAAUAUGCAGACUGGGCCCUGCGCAAAGAUCCUACUAAAGGUGUCCAUGUCUUCACUAAGAGGCCUGUUACUAAACACCUGCCAGAAUUAAACCCCGAAGAUGUCAUCACCUACCUGGGGAAGCACAACCAGGCGCUGCUUCUCUACCUUGAACACCUGGUGCUGGAGAGAAAGACACAGAAAGAGAAGUUCCACACACAUCUGGCUGUGUUGUAUCUGGAGAGGGUUUUGUCUUUACUGUCCAAGUCACCAAGAGAUGAAGAGCAGAUCACCAGAGCCAGAGAGAGGCUCCAAGCCGUGCUCAGGGAGUCGCACCUGUACAGUGUACAGGUUCUUUUAGGUAAGCUUGAAAACUGUGACCAGCUGCUGCUAGAGCGUGCAACACUACAUGGAAAACUGGAAGAGCACGAUAAAGCACUUCACAUACUGGUGCACAAGCUCAGAGACUUCCCGUCUGCAGAGGCCUUCUGUAUAUGGGCCUCGUCUUCUCGGGAUUCUGCCUACAGACAGCGGCUGUUUCACCUUCUCUUGGAGGUUUAUCUAAAGGGGAGCCAGGCAUCAGCAGGAGGAGGUAGUGGAGAUCUGGAGAUGGCCGCUGUGGACCUCCUUAAUCGGCAUGGUGAAGUGUUUGAUGCAGUCCAGGUCCUGCGCAUGCUCCCUGAGGACUGGUCUCUUCAGCUGCUACGGCCCUUUCUAGGUCGGGCUGUUAGGGCCAGUAUGCAUGCCUGCCGCACCUCCCAGAUCGCUCUGGGACUGUCCUACUCUGAAAACCUUCAGCUGCUGCAUGACAGGCUUAAAGAGCGGAAGAAGCCAAUCUUUGUGUCUGACAAGAAGGGAUGCCACUUGUGCCACAACACCUUCAGUGAGCCCGACGUCGUGUGUCUGCCGGGUGGAGUGCCGGUCCACAAGCACUGUGUCGCCCAGAGAGUGAGAGACUCUCCCACAAAGAGACAGUUAACUAAUAGCAGUAACCACACGUGAGAGUCUGCUCUUUCAAACUACCAUGUGAUCUGUGAUCAGAGGCACCACACUAAAGCAGGGCAUGCUGAGUGUUUGGAUGGCUGAGGGCCGUGGGAGUAGCGAUAAGCACAGGACAACUGAGUCAAAUUUGAUUUGGAGAAAAGCAGAGAAAGCUGAGGGAGAGUGAAUGUGUGUGAGACAGAAUCAGAUGAGUUCAUCUAUUUAUUCCUGUGCUGCAGUUAUAAAAAUUCCAGACUGCAAGUUUUUAUUAAAUAAAACAACAGCAAAGUCACCAAGCCCUUUAAUUGGUUUAAACUGAGAAAAAUCAAACACAGGCUCCUGUCCUUUAACUGCACUGGUCUUGAGCUGUUUCAAACAUGAACAUGAGAAACAUCUUAAACAAUAUCUGAUCCUGUUGCAGAUAUUCCUGAAGCAUGCAUAGUAUUGUCACUUUAACAGUCCUGGUUACCCCACGCCUCAUAUCACUAUUGUAAUAAUAAUAAUGUCUUAAGUUGCACAUUUCAGUGUUGGGUUUUAAUGUGAGAAAGACUCAUCAUAGUACCAAUGGAAACAGUCUUUAAUGUCCGUCUUCAAGUUUAUUGCUGCUUAAUUUCCUCCCUUUAGUGUAAGCUUUUGUCUGUGUCUCAUGAACAGUUUUUAAACACUACAAGAAAUCUGAAUUUCUCUAGUAAUCAACAAAAAGUUAAACUUUGUAGUAUUUGCUCCGUACUAGGGGCAAUUAAGAAACAAAUCAAAUGUUUGGUGAUAAUACGUCAGCAGAAUACACAACUGGUCAGGUUUCGACUUACAAAUGGAGAUAAACCAACAAAAAACUUUGUGGCCAGCCGGUGAUAGUGUUUGGUGAUGACUGGAAAUUUAAAUGUCUUUUACAGUCAUAUAAUAAAUGUUUUCUUCAGUUUAGGCAAAGAGGUCAAAUAUUUUAAUCAUAAAUAAACACUUUGAUUUACAUAAGAAGGAUAUGGAAGUAUCGUCUCUGUUGGGCUCAAACCUUUUAUCUCAAAGCUAUUUCUUUACAGGAAUUUAAAAAAAAUAUUAGACACUGCAUUUGUUGAAGUUGAGCCUUUCUACAUCAUCACUUGCUAGGUUGUCUUUAAAUUAUAAAUGUUUGAGCAAAAUUGAGCUAAAAUCUAUUCAGAAGUUUUGGACAGGAAAUAUGGACAUAAAAGUUUUGGCUUUGUUAAAAAUGCAUCCAAUUCAAAGGAUUUACGAGGGUUAGGUACAAGCUUUUUGAUGUAUUUCACUGAUGUCAACUCCCCUGACAGAUGUAAAGAGUGACUAUUUGCCACACUCUUUAUUCAGAACAAAAAAAUAAUUCAUAAAAUUGGAGAUAUGAGGUUUCUGUCUGACAGUGACAUUAUGUAGGUUAAUUAGUAGUCUCAUUCAAGAUUCUCAGAUUUUUGUGACACAGCUUGUGUUUUUCUAUAUUUAGGAUGCCAGAAGUGUUUGACCACUAGAUGGAAAUGCUGAGCAAACAUUUGACAUUUGGGCUGAAUAACAAUUUAAAUCAAUUUUCCUCCAGUCCAUGAAUCUACAGAACACCCAGAAUAUGCCUUUUGAUGGUGAAAACCCUGUAAACUAAAUGUUUCAUUACAACAAUGGUAUCACUACAAAAAAUGAAUGGAUGUAUUCUUCCUAAUUAACUGUAGGAGUGACCAACUAUUACAUUGUUAAAUUAUUGAUAAUUUUUUUUUACUUGUGUACAGAGAUAUUUGGAACAAAUCCCAUCAAAAAGUUGCCAAUUUAUUUAGUCUUUUCUUCCAGAUUUUUUUCACCUCACAGAAAUCCAUCAUCUUAUGAAAGAGGAUUAGGUCCAGGAGUGAGAGAACAAUAAUGCUGUGCACAAAAAUAAAGUCAGAAUGACAAAAAAAAGUUAAACUAUCAAAAUAAAGUCAGAAUAUCUGGGAAUAGAGUCAAGCUUAUUAGCCUAUAAAAAACCAGCAGAUCUUAGACGCCCAUAAUGUGCUUAUGAGCUAAGAGAAAGAUCUUUGUUGAUUAAUCCAGUCCUGAAAUAUAGUUUCACAGGUUCAUCGAUAAAAGGCAUUUUGUUGAGACAGUCAGGAUCCACUGCUUAUCCUAGUCUAAUGAAGUUUGACUUUGUUCAACUUUAAUUCUCAAAGUCCACAGCAUCACUUCCCCCUCAUCCCUGGCCCAUUCCUCUUAUCAAUGUUCCACUUAAAUCCGAUAUUCUUUUUUUGUCUUUUUGGGAAUUGAGAAGGUAAAACCAUUUUCAAGAACAAUGUGAUCAGACAAAUUUCGUUUAUUACCACUUCCUGCCGAGUGGCGUUGUGAGUGUGACCAUUUUGUUUGGAUGUUGCUCCCAAAUUCAAAAGGUACUGAAAACAUCAUAAUUUGAUUAUAAUGGAGCCUUAAAGUUCUUCACAGGGCUGUCAUCAACAAACCCUGCUUCAUCCCUGAGUAAUUUCCAAACAUUAUCUGUUUUAUCACAACAUGAAGCUUUGACUCCAAGAAAUGUCCACCAUGCGCAUGUCUGCAACAGUGUAUGCAAAUUUUACAAAAUAGAGCUUUUUUAUUUUUCUUCCUGCUGAAGCUAAGCUUCUACUUUUUGCCAAAAAAGUAGUUUAAUGCCCCCCAAAUUUAAUGUGGAUUAAUUUAUUUAUGUUGAAGGAAUUGGAGUUCACCCUGAAAAAAACUAAACAUGGUUACAUAAAACUGUUGUACACAGAUUUUACUGUUUAUGAAGGUAAAUCGUCGUCCUCUCAUGUUUAUUUUUUGAUUGAAUGCUUGUCUUUUGUCAAAUAGAUGUGCUGGUCAUUGAAGAUGAUCUUUCAAACAUACAAUCAUGAGAAAGGCUGUUAUGCAGGGUGUUAACUUUCUGAAAUCAAAGGAUGUGAUUCAUCCGUCCUUCUUUCUACAUACUCUCAUCUUCUAAAAAAGUCCAGAAAAGAGAAGAAGUGUCAGUAAUCCAAAAAUCAACCUCUAUGGAAGAAAAUGUAUAGAUCUUACCAGUUUCAGUAUGAAGGGAACCCUGCAUAUUAAGACAUGUUGGAUAAACAUGAAUGUCUUUUGUCUGUAUGUUGUACAAAGAAACUUACUUUUGCAUUAUUAUAAAUGUUUCCACCUCAUUCUACAGUAACUUCUUACAGUCCUCUUCACUGAAACUUCACUUGGUUUUAAAGUGAAAAGGCUCCAAGGAGGUACAUCAAUGGCAAAACAAUGCAACUACUUUACAGCCUUCAUGUGAAUACAUAUUUAAUUUUUUCUCAAUGUAGAAAUCUAAUGUGUUUCUUUGUACAACAUACAAAUAAAAGACACCAGAGUUGAUUUAACGUCUUACUACCCAGGAGUCCUUGAAGCACACAAAAGUAAACCCAAUUAAGGUUUGUCUCUUGACUGUUCAGUAAAAACGUAUUUCCAGUUGUCUGACUUUACACACGUCGCUGUCGUGAGUUUUGCUCGUUUCUCUGGUGCCUGUGCUGUUGAUGCUUUGCCUUCUGUAACUGAAACCCAUUUCUACCGGGAACUCUCUGCAAACAUGGGACUAUUUUUCUAACACGUGGAUCACAGUAACUAUAAAACUGCAGGCUUGGCUCACUUUCAACGACAGAAAUUCACAGCUUCUGCACAGCAUCUUUCUGUCUAACUGUGUAAGUGUUGCUUGCUAAAAAAGACUUCCUAACCAUGACUUAUCACUUCAGAAAUACAGUACUGUUGUGUGAAAAAGUUAUUGUAUUUUAUAAAUAUGUGUAUACUGAUAUGUAUAUACAGCAUUUGUACUUGUUUGUUGCUUUCUAAAUCAAUGCAAUGUGGAUGGGGUGUACAAACUGUAAAUCCGUCCCAUUUUAAUAAACAUGAAACUGUAAAUUGA